AUGCGGGAUAUUGGACUAAAGUCUUCCUCGGCCGAGGAAACAUUCUGGAAUAAUGAGGAAAUAUCUGAUGUGUGGCUCAGGCUCGCUGCUGUCGAUGAGAUCAAUGCUGUGAUUCGGGAAGGUCAUCCCAGUAACACCGUGAUGGCACUCAUGAAACCUGAGGCCCAGCUCCCGACCGUCCAUCCCUUUGCUGCUGUUCUGUAUCAGGAUGAACUGUUCAACCUUCAGAAUCAGAGCUCUUUGAACUACUUGGCCCCCGAGGAGCUGUCCACGACAGUAGAGAAGGUGUCAGCCGUUGCUCUGCUUAACCAGGCGUUGGAAACCGAGGAUCUUGAGUUGACCCAGGAUCGUCUCAGAAAUCCCUCAAUUGACUUCAAGAACCUGGAUGAAGCACACUUGGAACGGUACGCUAGCAGGCUCAUGUCCAUCAAAAGAGAAUCCUCAUCUCAAGGACAAGAUAACCUGAGCCGUAAUGAAAUCCAGAAUCAUAUUGAUAUCAUUUAUGUGGAAAUUCAAGAAGAAAAAUCAAGACUUGCUGCUAUUGAUGAGAUCAAUGCUGUGAUUCGAGAAGGUCAUCCCAGUAAGACCAUGAGUGCCCUCAUGAAACCUGAGGCCCAGCUCCCUACCGUUCAUCCCUUUGCUGCUGAUCUAUAUCAGGAUGAACUAUUCAACCUUCAGAAACAGAGCUCAUUGAACUAUCUGACUGCUGAGGAGCUGGCCACGACAGUAGAAAUGGUGUCAGGUGUUGCUUUGCUUAACCAGGCACUGGAAACCAAGGAUCAUGUGUUUAUACAUAAUCAACUCCAAAAUCCCUCAAUAGGCUUCAAUAAAGUUGAUAAAGAACACUUGGAGUGGUAUGCUACCAGGCUCAUGUCCAUCAAAAGGGAAGCCUCAUCUCAAGGACAAGAUAACCUGAGCCGGGAUGAAAUCCAAAAUCUCAUUGAUAUCUUUUAUGUGGAAAUUCAAGAAGAAAAAGCAAGGCUCGCUGCUGUCGAUAAGAUCAAUGCUGUGAUUCGGGAAGGUCAUCCCAGUAACACCGUGAUGGCACUCAUGAAACCUGAGGCCAAGCUCCCUACCAUUCAUCCCUUUGCUGCUGUUCUGUAUCAGGAUGAACUGUUCAACCUUCAGAAACAGAGCUCUUUGAACUAUCUGGCGCCUGAGGAGCUGGCCAUGACAGUGAAAGUGGUGUCAGGUGUUGCUUUGCUUAACCAGGCAUUAGAAACUGAGGAUCUGGUGUCCAUACAGCAUCAUCUACAACAUCCUUCAAUAGGCUUCCAUAACCUGGAUGAAGAACACUUGGAAAGGUACGCUAGCAGGCUCAUGUCCAUCAAAAGAGAAGCCUCAUCUCAUGGACAAGAUAUCUUGAGCCGGAAUGAAAUCCAGAAUCACAUUGAUAUCUUUUAUGUGGAAAUUCAAGAAGAAAAAGCAAGGCUCGCUGCUAUAGAUGAGAUCAAUGCUGUGAUUCGGGAAGGUCAUCCCAGUAACACCGUGAUGGCACUCAUGAAACCUGAGGCCCAGCUCCCGACCGUCCAUCCCUUUGCUGCUGUUCUGUAUCAGGAUGAACUGUUCAACCUUCAGAAACAGAGCUCUUUGAACUAUCUGGCUGCCAAGGAGCUGGCCAUGACAGUAAAAAUGGUGUCAGGUGUUGCUUUGCUUAACAAAGCAUUGGAAAUGGAAGAUCUUGUGUCUGUACAGAAUCAUCUUCAAAAUCCCUCAAUUGACUUCCAUAACCUGAAUGAAGAACACUUGGAACGGUAUGCUAUCAGGCUCAUCUCUAUCAAAAGAGAAACCUCAUCUAAAGGACAAGAUAAACUGAGCCGGAAUGAAAUACAAAAUCUUAUUGAUAUCAUUUAUGUGGAAAUUCAAGAAGAAAAAUCAAGGCUCGCUGCUGUCGAUGAGAUCAAUGCUGUGAUUCGGGAAGGUCAUCCCAGUAACACCGUGAUGGCACUCAUGAAACCUGAGGCCCAGCUCCCGACCGUUCAUCCCUUUGCUGCUGUUCUGUAUCAGGAUGAACUGUUCAACCUUCAGAAACAGAGCUCUUUGAACUAUCUGGCCGCUGAGGAACUGGCUAUGACAAUAGAAAUGGUGUCAGGUGUUGCUUUGCUUAACCAGGCACUGGAAACCAAGGAUCUUUUGUCCACCCAGAAUCAUCUUCAAAAUCCUUCAAUAGGCUUCAAUAAAGUGGAUAAAGAAUACUUGGAAUGGUACUCUAGCAGGCUCAUGGCCAUCAAAAGAGAAGCCUCAUCUCAAGGACAAGAUAACCUGAGGCGGGAUGAAAUCCAGAAUCACAUUGAUAUCGUUUAUGUGGAAAUUCAAGAAGAAAAAGCAAGGCUCGCUGCUAUCAAUGAAAUCAAUGCUGUGAUUCGAGAAGGUGAUCCCAGUAACACCGUGAUGGCACUAAUGAAACCUGAGGCCCAGCUCCCUACCGUUCAUCCCUUUGCUGCUGUUCUGUAUCAGGAUGAACUGUUUGACCUUCAGAAACAGAGCUCUUUGAACUAUCUGGCUGCUGAGGAACUGGCCAUGACAGUAGAAAUGGUGUCAGGUGUUGCUUUGCUUAACCAGGCACUGGAAACUGAGGAUCUUGUGUUUAUACAGAAUCAGCUACAAAAUCCUUCAAUAGGCUUCAAUAACCUGAAUGAAGAACAUUUAGAACGGUACGCUAGCAGGCUCAUGUCCAUCAAAAGAGAAGCCUCAUCUCAAGGACAAGAUAACCUGAGGCGGGAUGAAAUCCAGAAUCAUAUUGAUAUCAUUUAUGUGGAAAUUCAAGAAGAAAAAGCAAGACUCGCUGCUAUUGAUGAGAUCAAUGCUGUGAUUCGAGAAGGUCAUCCCAGUAAGACCAUGAGUGCCCUCAUGAAACCUGAGGCCCAGCUCCCUACUGUUCAUCCCUUUGCUGCUGAUCUAUAUCAGGAUGAACUAUUCAACCUUCAGAAACAGAGCUCAUUGAACUAUCUGACUGCUGAGGAGCUGGCCAUGACAGUAGAAAUGGUGUCAGGAGUUGCUUUGCUUAACCAGGCACUGGAAACCGAGGAUCUUGUAUUUAUACAGAAACAGCUCCAAAAUCCCUCAAUAGGUUUCAAUAACCUGGAUGAAGAACACUUGGAAUGGUACGCUAGCAGGCUCAUGUCCAUCAAAAGAGAAGCCUCAUCUCAAGGACAAGAUAACCUGAGCCGGGAUGAAAUCCAAAAUCUCAUUGAUAUCUUUUAUGUGGAAAUUCAAGAAGAAAAAGCAAGGCUUGCUGCUGUCGAUGAGAUCAAUGCUGUGAUUCGAGAAGGUCAUCCCAGUAACACCGUGAUGGCACUCAUGAAACCUGAGGCCCAGCUCCCGACCGUCCAUCCCUUUGCUGCUGUUCUGUAUCAGGAUGAACUGUUCAACCUUCAGAAACAGAGCUCUUUGAACUAUCUGACUGUUGAGGAACUGGCCAUGACAGUAGAAAUGGUGUCAGGUGUUGCUUUGCUUAACCGGGCGUUGGAAACCGAGGAUCUUGUGUCCAUACAGAAUCAUCUCCAAAAUCCCUCAUUAGGCUUCAAUAACCUGGAUGAAGAAUACUUGCAAUGGUACGCUAGCAGGCUCAUGUCCAUCAAAAGAGAAGCCUCAUCUCAAGGACAAGAUAACCUGAGGCGGGAUGAAAUCCAGAAUCACAUUGAUAUCGUUUAUGUGGAAAUUAAAGAAGAAAAAGCAAGGCUCGCUGCUGUCGAUGAGAUCAAUGCUGUGAUUCGGGAAGGUCAUCCCAGUAACACCGUGAUGGCACUCAUGAAACCUGAGGCCCAGCUCCCGACCGUCCAUCCCUUUGCUGCUGUUCUGUAUCAGGAUGAACUGUUCAACCUUCAGGAACAGAGCUCUUUGGUAAGUGCAGGAGGUCUGUGGCUGCAUGAGUGACUCGGAGGCUGGAGC